AUGAAGGUCGAAUUAAAUAACCGAGUCAAUAUUAAAAAUAAUGUAAUAAAAAAACCGCCUUUAAAAAAAAUUCAAGUGAGAAGAAGUAUUAAAGAUAUAUUGGUAAAUGAUAAUCCAUGUAUACAAAUAUACAAUUAUACAGGAAGAGAAAUAAAUGUAUUCCCUAAAAAUGUGUUAGAAUCAAAUGUGAAGAAUAAAAAUAAUGCAGGUUUGUUUAUUGAUAAAAUAGAAUAUAAUAUAAAAAAUGAUAAUGAUGAAACAUGUGUUGAAGAAAGCUCAGAAAAUUGUUUAACAAAUUUGAAGAGAAUGGAUAGUCAGGAAAAUAGAUUAUUAAAUGAAUUAAAUGAAUUGUUAAGUAAACAAAAUUUAACAGAUGAAAUGAAAAAUAAUAUUAAAUCUCUUUAUAUAGAAAUCCAAGAAAUUUAUUUAGAAGUAAAAACUGAUUUAAAAAAUAAUUACCCUUCUGCUCAAGAUAUACUAAAAAUAUAUAAUACCAAUGAAAAUGAAGAUGAAGAUGGAAAUGAAAAUGAAGAUGAAAAUGGAAAUGAAAAUCAAAAUGAAGAUGAAGAUAAAGAUGAAGAUAAAGAUAAAGACUAUACAUGGAGAUCUCUUUGUUUUUAUAAAUUACUGAAUGACCAACUGAGUGACAUACACAUAUCUACUAUAACUUCAUAUAGGUUAGAGUAUCUAAAAACGAUAUAUAAAUGGUAUACUAAAAAUAAAAAAAUUAUAUUUAAAGGGAAAAAACAAAAUCAAACUAUCCAUGACACGACUCUAACUGAAAAUGACACAAAAUGCGCCGUUGGGUGCAAAAGAGAGCAUAUAGAAGCGGAAGGGGAAGAAAAGGAGGGAAAAAAUGAAGAAAAAAAGGAGGGAAAAAAGGAGGGAAAAAAUGAAGAAAAAGAUGAAGAAAAAAAUGAAGAAAAAAAUGAAGGAGAAAAGGAGGGCGAAACGAACGCUUUGAACCCCAUUGAUACUGAAAAAAAAGGAGAGAUGGAUAAUAAAAUGACAAGAGAAAAUUGUGAAUGUGAAAAAAUGGAAUGUCUAACUAAGAUACUGAAUAAAGAAAUGAAUAAAAUUCGAGAAAAUAAUUUAUCAAAUUUAGAAUUAAAUAUGUUAAAAGAUAAUGAUUCAAAUGAUGUUUUAGAAAAUUAUAUAUUCCCAAAUGAAAUAUUAAAAAAGAAUCAAGUUGAAGAGAAUAAAAAAAAAGAAAGUUACAUAAACAUAGAAGAUGAAGAUGAAGAUGAAGAUGAAGAUAAAUCAGGCCCAAAUGAAAUAUCACCAAAUUGUCUAACAAAUAUAAUAAAUGAUGAAAUAAAAAUUCAAAAAACUGAUAGUUUCUCAACAAAUGGUACUUUUUAUCAUUUAAAUUUAAAUAAUAUUAUAAUUGAAGAAAAUCAUUUUUCCAAUAAACCUAAAGAUAUAGAUAAAAUAAUCAAACUAGAAGAAGAAAUUAAAAAACAAAAAUUAUUAAUAAAAAAUAAAGAAACCGAAAUAACGAACUCUCUUAUAGGAAUUAAAUUUAAAGAUAUUUUUGGAAAAUUCGAAGAUUUAGAUUCAGGAAAGUAA